AGAAAAAAGGAUCGCGGCCGCUGGGAGACGUAGCGUCAGCGGCACGGGGCGGGUUCCCGUUUCAGUCGGCCGGAACAGCUUGCCAGAGUCAGCUGGAAAAGUUUCAACACCAUCAAGAUGCACAAGUUUUACCUGAUUUUUGCUGCCGUUCUGGCCUACGCAUCGGCGGCGACUAUUAUGGACUCAAACGUGUUCAUGGACACGGUUCUUCAGCAGAAGAUGCCUUCGCUGGUUAGGGGAAACACCAGGCUAUACCCAUUCGCAACCAUUCCCGAUUUCAAGUUUAAGAUAGAGUCCACGGGCCUGUUCAACCGCGACCUGAAGGUCAACGCGACCGAAGGCGCCAUACGACACCUGGACACUGCGCCACACCGCAAGGGCAGCUGCCAGCCCCCGGUGCUGGUCGCAGGCAAGACCACCGUCAGCUGCGAACUCGACCUGAGCGGUAUCAACACCACCUUCACGGCCAAGACCAAAGGUGACAACCUCGCGGGCACGAUCAAGAGCAUCUGGGUGCACGUGAACGCCACCAAGGUGCUGACCGACUUCGAGGCGGCCGCGCUGCCUGGCAAGGACGCCAGCGUGCAGACGUUCCGCAUCAAGGAGCUCGAGCUGAAGACCAAGUACGACAAAUCACUCGGCCUCGGCGACGACCGCAAGAAGGAGUUCAAGAAGGAGCUCGAGAAGAAGGUGCAGACCGCCCUGUACGAGGUCAUCUACAACGAGUACAAGCAGGUGCUCGAGAGGGCCGUUGCCGACACCUACUUUCCGCGAGCGUAGAACGUGUCGGAGAGGCACGUCAACGCCCCGGAAUGCGUCGCGCACGCACACACACACACCAAAAAUUCUACGAAACUGAUAAGCACGAGAAGUUGGCUGUACGGUGGUUUAACUAUGAAAAUGCAUUGCUUCGCUACGAGCAUCGCGAAAACCAUUGCGGGAGUAAAUAUAUCUGUAUCCCAUCCCUAAAAGCACCUUCUGUUGUCUUUGAAGCAAUAAGCUUCAGGUGAGUGAAAAACAAAAGUAAAAUGCUCGUUAGCAUCAUGUCACUUUUGAGAUGUAGAGGUUCAGUCGACAGCAAAGGUGGAGGUGCUCUUAUUUUUUUAACAAUUUAGGGGUUUACCCUAUGUGGUUCACGUAAAGUGAACAAACACACCCCGUGACUCUGACAAGAGAAAAAUAAAAAAGAAUAGAGAGAAGAA